AUGGUUGAUAUCCAGUUGACUUGUUUGCGGCCUGCAGAUGAUCCAGAACUGAGACUCAAAGCAAAGCUGCUACCUGUUCGACUCUAUAUCGACCAAGAUGCUCUUAAUUUCCUGGUUGGGUUCUUCACGUUUGAUAAGACGAUAGUAAAGUCUACGCCAAUCAUGAAUUAUAUACCAUCAAAGGAACCAAAGGCAGAUGAGACAUUCUUUCAGUCUGUCAAUAUCUUCCCUGUCACGCUCAAAGUGGACUAUAAGCCCAAAUAUAUCAAUUACGGUAAUCUUAAAGAAGGGCAACUUGCAGAGCUUAUCAAUUUAUUCUCGCUUGAUGGCGCAAAGGUGUCGCUUUGCCAAAUCAAACUGACGGGUAUAGCCGGCAUUGAUUCUUUGCUUGACAAGAUCGCGCAAGAGUGGUUACCUCAUAUCAAACAAACACAGGUUCCGCAUAUGGUCUCUGGUGUCGCGCCUAUCCGAUCACUUACCAAUCUGGGAACAGGUAUGGCUGAUCUUGUUUUGUUACCCAUUCAACAGUACCGCAAGGAUGGCCGUAUCAUGCGAGGUAUUCAAAAGGGUACGAUCUCGUUCGCUCGUGCUACAGCGAUUGAAGCCAUCAAGCUGAGUUCGCGUGUGGCGUCCGGAACCCAAGUGAUCCUAGAACAUGCAGAUGAUUUCUUUGCAGGUUCUCAACAGAACCAUCAGCCUCAGGAGCAUUUUGUGUAUACGGAUGAACACAUGGCUCAAACUAUUUUGGCAGUUCCUGCUGAUGAUGAAGAAGAUGACGAUGAAAUACAGCAACCAUCUCGAAAUGUCAUACGAGCUGUACCUGUGGCCGUCAUUAGACCGAUGAUUGGGCUUACGGGUGCGUUUCAAAGUAUAUUUAACGGUCUUAGAUACUCUAUAGAUCCUAUCAGACGAUUACAAAACGAAGAUGUAAGUAUGUUUUUAUCAUGUAAAAAAAAAAAAGACUAA